AAAUUGCAGUGUCAUGAGUCAUAAGAACCUUUGAAGAACAGGUCAGGCAGACUAUAAAUUCAGCCUACCCACCAUCUGAACUGCAGAAACUUUGGACAGACCCAGAGCAGCAGUCUUCCUCCCUGCACAAAACAAGGUUCAGAACAAUGGAAGCUUUAAAUAAAGCAAACACAAGCUUUGCUCUUGACUUUUUCAAACAUGAGUGCCAGGAAGAUGACAACGAGAACAUUUUGUUCUCCCCUUUCAGUAUCUCAUCUGCCCUGGCUACUGUGUAUUUGGGAGCCAAAGGCAACACUGCAGAUCAGAUGGCAAAGGUACUCUACUUCAACGAAGCUGAAGGAGCCAGAAACGUCACCACAACUAUAAGAAUGCAAGUCUAUUCCAGAACAGAUGAGCGCCUAUCAAAUCACCGUGCCUGUUUCCAGAAGACAGAAAUAGGCAAAUCAGGUAAUAUCCAUGCUGGGUUUAAAGCACUCAACUUGGAAAUCAACCAACCCACUAAAAAUUACCAGCUCAGAAGUGUCAACCAUUUAUAUGGAGAAAAGUCACUGCCUUUCAGUAAGGAAUACUUACAGUUAGCGAAGAAAUACUACAAUGCAGAACCACAAUCGGUUGACUUUGUGGGAGCAGCAAAUGAAAUCAGAAGAGAGAUCAAUUCCAGGGUUGAAAACCAGACUGAAGGUAAAAUAAAAAGUCUUCUGCCUCCUGGAUCCAUAGAUUCACUCACCAGGCUAGUUCUGGUAAAUGCACUCUACUUCAAAGGAAACUGGGCAACAAAGUUUGAUGCUGAAGAAACCAGGCAAAGGCCUUUCAGAAUAAAUACGCAUACAACUAAACCAGUGCCAAUGAUGCACCUGACUGAUAAAUUUAAUUGGACCUACGUAGAAUCAGUCCAGACUGAUGUUCUUGAGCUUCCAUAUGUCAAUAAUGACCUCAGUAUGUUCAUCCUGCUGCCACGGGAUAUCACUGGCCUACAAAAGCUAAUAAAUGAAUUGACUUUUGAAAAAUUGUCUGCAUGGACCAGUCCAGAAUUAAUGGAGGAAAUGAAAAUGGAAGUGUAUCUACCCAGGUUCACAGUAGAAGAGAAAUAUGACCUGAAAUCUACUUUGAGCAAGAUGGGGAUGGAAGACGCUUUCACAGAAGGUCAAGCUGAUUUCAGUGGAAUGUCAGAGAAUGCUGACCUGUUUUUGUCACAAGUUUUUCACAAGUGUUAUGUGGAAGUCAAUGAAGAAGGCACAGAGGCAGCGGCUGCCAGUUCAGCAUCUCUAGCAUCACGAAGCCUUGGUGCUACAGUUUUUUUUGUAGCAGAUCAUCCUUUUCUCUUCAUUAUCAGACACAACAAGACCAAGUGUGUCCUUUUCUUUGGAAGGUUCUGCUCCCCCUAGAAAAUCAACUAUUAAUAAACAAGCCCUUACAACAACAAUGAACACAAUGUAUGCCAUGAAGAACACCUCCACAGACUUUACCCUUUUCCUGUACUAUUGACAAUCUCUGCUAGAAGAGAGCUCAUAUUAAAAAUAACAUGAAUUCAAA